ACUGCAUGUAUGCAAUUGAGCUCACCGUCGGCAACCGCGCGCGAGUCAUCCCUUGUCUAGCACCGUCAUACCCGUUUGUCUCCCAGGUAUAAGUAUCGCAAGGCGAGUCGAGCCGACUUGUCUUCGCCUUCCGGCACUUUCCACCAUUCAGCGCGCAAUCCUCUCCCGCACGCCUCUCCUCGCCACUCAGCAUCUCCUGCCUCCUUGCAUAGCUCCAAGGACUGCACAUCUGCUCUGGGGAAUCCGCGCGUUCUCUACCUCCGAGGUUUCAUUGUACGCUAAACGAACGCAGAAGAAACAGAAAAUGGCAUCCCCAUCCAAGUCCCCCAGCCCUGCCCCUGUUGUCGCUGGUGGCGAGGCAUCUGCAGCUCCCGACGAGCUUCACAAUCUCUUCUCGUCCCUCAGCAUUGAGGAUGAGGAUUCCGCCUUGAUCGAUGACCUGCAGCGCAUAUCCAAAGCCUCUCCGAAACUUGUCAGGUCGUCCGAGCACAAGGCUCCCGCGGAUCCUAGCAUCCUGGUCCGGAGCUGGAAGAUGAACGAGUUCAAGUACUAUGACAUUCCAUCGCCUUUCCCCACACUAGCUCGUGGUCUGUUCACGCAGGACAUCGCAGGCGGAUCCGGAAAGUCGAAACAUCGCAUUGUGGCGAGAGGAUACGACAAAUUUUUCAACAUCGGCGAAGUGCCAUGGACCCAUUGGGCGUCGCUGGAAACGCAUACGGCAGCGCCAUAUACCCUCACACUAAAAUCCAACGGUUGCAUCAUCUUCAUUGCGGCCCUUACACCAACGCAGCUGCUCGUCACCUCAAAACACUCGCUUGGGCCGUCUCCUUCCGCGACUGGUGAGAGCCAUGCCCAGGUCGGAGAACGCUGGUUGCGCAAGCACCUGGCGGACUGCGGUAAGACCGAGGAGCAGCUCGCGCGCACGCUCUGGGACAAGAACUGGACCGCCGUGGCAGAGCUCUGUGACGACUCGUUCGAGGAACAUGUCUUGCCAUACGGCCCCGAAAAGACCGGACUCCAUCUACACGGCCUGAACUCGUGCACGAAACACUUCCGCACCCAAGAGCAAGACGUUGUCGACGCCUUCGCCGACACCUGGGGCUUUAUCAAGACGCCCUCCACCGUGCUUUCCAGCAUCGCCGAGGUGCGCGCGUUCACCGACGAGGUCGGGCGCACGGGCAAGUGGAACGGGGAGGCGCUCGAGGGCUUCGUCGUGCGCACGCACGUCACCGCGCCCCCGACGAAGGGCGGCAAGCCCGCGAGCGCGUCGCCGUACCCGGUGGGCGCGUCCUUCUUCUUCAAGAUCAAGUUCGACGAGCCGUACAUGAUGUACCGCGACUGGCGCGAGGUCACGAAGACGCUACUGACGAAGGGCCCGAGCCCGGCGCUGGUUCCGAAGAGCAAGAUGCGCCGCGCGGAGACGAAGUUGUAUGUGAAGUGGGUGUGCGCCGAGAUCAAGCGCGACCCGAGUCAGUUUGAGGAAUUUACGAAGGGGAAGGGGAUCAUCGCGACGCGCACGCGCUUCCUACAGUGGCUCGAGAGCGAUCAGGGCAAGGCGGCGCAGAGCGCGGUGGCGGGUGUCCCCGACGAGACUGGUACGAAACCAGAUGUGGACUUGAAAGAGGACAAGGUCAUCAUCGUGCCUAUCGCUGUUCCUGGCGUAGGCAAAACGACAGUGGGGGUCGCACUAUCGCAUCUCUUCGGCUUCGGCCACGUUCAAAGCGACGACGUACAGGCCAAGAAGCCUGCACCCCAGUUCAUCAAGAAUGUCGUGAAAGCUCUGGCAAAGCACAGAGUAGUCAUCGCUGACAAGAACAACCACCUGAAGAUGCACCGUGAGCAGCUACGCGAAGGCGCGCGACAAGUCGACCCGCCUGCGCAUCUGCUCGCAUUCAACUGGCUGGGUGGACUGCCGCAGUCCACGAUCCAUCGUAUCUGCAGCGACCGGAUUUUGCAGCGGGGUGAUAAACAUCAAGCGCUCAUCGCGGACACCGCGCCGAGGGGGCACGAAGAUGUACUCUGGAUGUUCCUCAAGCAAGCCGAGGAGCCCGCCGACGCUGAGGCCGACGUCCUCGUCACCAUGAACGUUGACGAAGACCUCGAGCACAUGCUCGCAAGUGCGGUCGACGCAUGCGUCGAGUACCUCGGCGUCGAACGGCCCGACCAGGAGAAGAUCGGCGCGGCGCUCGCCGCCGCACGCGCGUACGAGCCCAAGCGGAAGAGCAACAAAGGCAAGGCAGCCGCGAAGAAGAAGCAGGACGACACGCCCGCGAAACCGCCCCGGUACUUCGGCGUCCUCGCCGAAGUCGACCUCGCGAGCGUCGUCGGGCCCGCGCUCGCCGCCGCACCAGACGUGCCCGAAGAGGCGCGCAAUUUCUGGACGGAACUCACGGCAAACGGGCGCGUGGCGCCGCGGCCGCACGUCACGAUCGUGCACUCGAACUCGCUCCCAGACGAGCAAGCGCUGUGGGACGAGUGCAUAACGCUGCACAAGCGCGAGCGCCCCCCAGUGCUGAGCUUCCGCCUGGAGGAACUCGUGUGGAACGGGCGGAUCAUGGCGGCGACGGUGAGCGAUCUUGCGGUAGCCACGGAAGACCCUGGGGAUGUGGACGAGAGCGCGGUUGCGCUCGUGGCGACGCUGCCCGGGGAACUGCGGGAGCGGCUGCAUGUCACGGUGGGCACGCGGGACAAGGACGUGCCGCCUGUGGAGGCGGGGCGUUUGGUUGCGGAGUGGAGAAAGAACGGGGCCGGGGCGGGCGUGUGGGCGAUCCCGCUGAAGGACGUGUGGGUCAAAGGGCGGCUGAAGGGGCUCUUCAACUAGGUUGGUGCGGUGAGAGUGUUGAUAGCGAAGACAUGAUUUUCACUGAAGAAGUUACUCAAUAGCCAAUUAUUGUAAUUGAUCGCCGGAGACGGAAUCACCACUCAUUCUUG